ACCAUCGUGGACGAUUUUUAAAAAACCUUCGCCGCGUCAUUCCUCUCGUUUCUUUUUCACGGUCUGCGCAUCAUCGUGAUCGCCAUUCUCUCUCCUCCGUCUUUUCCCCAAUUCUUCUCAAAACCCUAAUUUUCAAAACCUGAUAAAAUUAAAAAAAAAAAACCUUACUUUCUUGAUGGGUCGCGGCUCAGUGACGACGUCGCUAGCACCUGGGUUCCGUUUCCACCCAACGGACGAGGAGCUCGUUCGCUACUACCUGAAGCGCAAAGUCUGCAACAAACCCUUUAAGUUCGAUGCUAUCUCCGUCACCGACAUCUACAAAUCCGAGCCCUGGGAUCUACCAGACAAGUCGAAGCUGAAAAGUAGAGACUUGGAGUGGUACUUCUUUAGUAUGCUUGACAAAAAGUACAGCAACGGCUCCAAGACGAACCGCGCGACGGAGAAAGGAUACUGGAAGACGACGGGGAAGGAUCGGGAGAUUCGUAAUGGAUCGAGGGCCGUGGGGAUGAAGAAGACUCUUGUUUAUCACAGGGGUCGAGCUCCUCGUGGUGAAAGGACCAAUUGGGUUAUGCAUGAGUAUCGUCUCACUGAUGAGGAGUUGAAGCUUGCUAAUGUGCCACAAGAUGCAUGUGUGCUGUGUAGGAUAUUCCAGAAAAGCGGCACGGGGCCUAAGAAUGGAGAGCAGUACGGUGCUCCUUAUCUUGAGGAGGAGUGGGAAGAGGAUAAGAUGACGUUUGUGCCAGAACAAGAUGCUCUCAGUGAAGGUUUGGCUGUUGAUGAUGAUGAUGUUUAUGUCGACAUUGAGGACAUCGACGAGAAGCCUGAGAAUCUAGUGGUUUAUGAUGCCAUUCCUGUUCAAACUAAUUAUUGUCAUGGAGAAUCGAGCAAUAAUGCUGAAUCAGGAAACUAUGAAGACUCUGGUAAUUACAUUCAACCAGGAAACUACGUUGUUGACUCAGGUGGUUACAUUGAACAACCAAUGGAAACUUUUGAAGAGGAUAAGAAGCCUAUCAUUCGGGAUUGUAGCAUCCAGCCUUGUUCUCUGUUUCCGGAUGAACAGAUUGGCUGUGGUGUGCAAGAUGAGCACGCUGAGAAUCUGGAAACGUCCAACAAUAAUGUGUUUGUGGCUGAGGCUGAUUCUGGCUUCAGUGACAUACCUAUUGAAGCCGACUAUCUGCCUGACGAGCAAUUCAUGGAUCCUAGCAACAAUCUUCCACUCUGUGAUGAUCUGUACCUGGAAACGAAAGAUCUCAGCGGUGGUCUACAAGAUGAUUUCAACUUUGAAGAUUAUCUCAACUUCUUUGACGAUGAGGAUGCUCAGAACUUGACUCUUGACGUUUCGCAUUUGUUGGGAUCUGGAGAUGCUCUUCCUAACCAAGAAGGCCUCGACCAGAACCCUGAGGAAUUGGAGAGGGAAGUCGCAGAAGGAAAAGAGGCUGUGGAGAAAAAGGAAAGUGGCGAAGGAUCUUCCUCUAAACAAGAUGCAGAUGUAACAGACUUCGAUUCAGAUUCAAAGUACCCUUUCCUCAAAAAGUCGAGCCACAUGUUUGGAGUUCCACCUGCCUUCGCUUCUCAGUUCCAAACAAAGGACGCUGCAAUCCGGCUACACGCAGCUCAAUCUUCAGGUUCAGUUCAUGUUACUGCAGGUAUGAUCAGAAUAUCAAACACGACUCCAGCAGCGGACAGCAGCGAUAUGGGCUGGGCAUAUGACAAGAACGGUAACCUCGACGUUGUCCUUUCUUUCGGCUUGGUCCAACGGGAUGAUACCAUGAGCAAGACAGGAGGAACUAGAGCAACAAGAGCUAUGCUAAUCUUCUUGUGUUUAUGGGUUCUCUUACUCUCUGUUAGCUUCAAGAUAGGAACCAUGGUCUCUGCUCGGUGAAAGCUGGAUCGUCUGAAGAAAAAGAACUUCGUUCGGUGUUUGUACCAUCUCUCCAGUUAUAUAGGCGUUACUCUGGCAGUGCUUUGCUGCCCCCCAAUAUUUUAUUUUUUCUUGUUAAGGAUUAUGUUGUAGCUCGAAUUCUCUUUACAAUUUCUAGCUUUGAGCUUAUAACAAACAUGUCUCUUUCCUUUAAUGACAGCAGUUUUCAUGUGAUC